CUUACACUGGGAAAUACUUUGAUAAAGCCAGUUACCGUGUGUACUGCCUGGUGGGGGAUGGCGAGAUGUCGGAAGGCUCUGUCUGGGAAGCCAUGUCGUUUGCCUCCUACUAUCAGCUUGACAACUUGGUGGCCAUCAUGGACGUCAACCGCUUAGGCCAAAGUGACCCUGCACCCCUGCAGCAUCACGUAGAGAAAUACCAGAAGCGCUGUGAGGCUUUCGGCUGGCAUGCCAUUAUUGUGGAUGGUCACAGCAUUGAAGAGCUUUGCAAGGCUUUUAGCCAGCCACGUCAUCAACCCACUGCAAUUAUUGCUAAAACCAUCAAAGGCAAAGGCAUUCCAGCUGCAGAAGAUAAGCUGGGCUGGCAUGCCAAAGCUUUACCCAAAGACAUGGCUGAGAUGGUUAUGAAGGAUCUGCAGAGCCGGAUUAUGAACACCAGCAAGCACCUUUAUCCCCCUGCUCCCAUCGAGGACUCCCCACCUGUUAGCCUGAGGAACAUCCGCAUGCCAAGCGCACCCAACUACAAACCUGGAGAAAAGAUUGCUACUCGCAAGGCGUAUGGAAUGGCACUUGCUAAGUUGGGUCGCUACAACGAACGUGUCGUGGUCCUCGAUGGAGACACCAAUAAUCUCACCUGUUCUGAGAUCUUCAAGAACGAACAUCCAAACCGCUUUGUUGAGUGCUAUAUCGCUCAGCAGAACAUGGUCAAUGUUGCCAUGGGAUGUGCCGCUCGAGAGAGGAACGUCGUGUUUGCCAGCACCCUUGCCUCCUUUUUCACUCGUGCCUAUGAUCAGAUUCGCAUGGCAGCGAUUUCAGACAGCAACAUCAACCUGUGUGGUUCCCACUGCGGUCUGUCCACUGGGGAGGAAGGCCCCUCUUUGAUGGCUCUAGAGGACAUGGCUAUGUUCAGGGCCCUACCCACUGCGACAAUCUUCUACCCCAGUGAUGGUGUCACCACAGAAAAGGCUGUGGAGCUGGCUGCAACCACAAAGGGUGUCUGCUACAUCCGAACCAGCCGCCAAGACAAUGCCAUCAUCUAUAAUAGCAAUGAGGAUUUCCAUGUUGGACAGGCAAAGGUGGUGUUCCAGAGCAAAGACGAUCAAGUGACUGUGGUAGCAGCUGGAGUGAUUGUGCAUGAAGCCCUUGCUGCUGCUGAGCAUCUCAAGAAAGAGAGGAUCUCUGUAAGAGUGAUCGACCCCUUCACAAUCAAACCGCUGGACGUUAAAACCAUCAUCGACCACGCACGUGUCACCAGGGGAAGGAUCCUCACUGUUGAAGACCACUAUUAUGAAGGUGGUCUAGGCGAGGCGGUGUCCUCAGCAAUGGUCAAUGAGUCUGGGUUUACUCUGCACCGUCUGGCUGUGUCCCACGUUCCCCGAAGCGGCAAGCCUCACGAGCUCCUGAAGAUCUACGGGAUAGACCGCGACGCCAUAGCUCAGGCAAUCCGAAAGAUGCUCAGCAGCUCGGCCAAUGCCAAGUAAUUUUCUCUGUGCCCCACCCACUUUUCUUAACGCACCCCUUCGGAUGGAGAUAGACAGUCACAUAUGUUUUUGAAGCACAGAACCCAUUUUUAUUAUUGAAUCAUUGAUUAAAAAACGUGUGCUGAAGUGUUGUAAUUGUGUGCAGUUCACCUUCAAGUAGACUUCUGCAUCAACCUUCCUUUUGUGCAUUCAUCCAAACACAUUUACAGAGAUACAUAAUCUAUGUAAAACACACAUCUUCACUCAUAAUCUCUACCUUGUUGUGAUCCAAGUCCAAAAAUAAGAUGUUGCCAUUUCCUUUUUUGUUUUUAGAUGGAUAAUCACUGUGUAAAACAAUUUGUUGUCCUAUCUUUAACACGUUACUAGAGAUGCACCUGUUUGAUAUUUGUGGUCCUGAUCUCCAGUAUUUUUAAAGUUUUGACCUGCUCUUUUACCCCAUUUCUGUUGAAGAACUAAAAAUAUCAGCAUUUGAUUUUUUUUCCUGUCAUCUUAAACAAUAACAAUAUUUUUAUUAGGAGCAAUGUCACAAAGCUUGUAUGACAGAUUUGUCCAUGUGAAGCAGUGUUUUACAACUUUUAAAAUAAAAAUAAAAUUGUCAGCGAGUUUAGAUUUAGCAAUUAGCAUGAUUAGCAUGGUUAGCAUUAGCAAUUGUAAACAUCCAUCUCUGUGCGUAUUCACUUGAGUGUAGAUCCUUACCCUGACUCUGAGAUUUUCAAAAGGGUGUCAGCAUUUCCCAAUCCAUCCUUUUCAAUGACAGAUACAGCUCGAAGCUUUAAAGGCUAACAGGGAGUAACUUUGCUGUAAUAUAUUCAGACUUCCUGGCAUCUGAGAAUAUAUCACUUUGCCUCUUCACCAAUUUCUUUGCUACAUUUUCAAAGCUGGUGAAAGUUUAACUCCUGUGAUAGAUGACAAUUUUUCAAAAAAGGUUUGGUGCAAAAUAAUUAAAAUGACUAGAAACUGAUAGAAGUUAAGGUCUCUUGAGGAAGCACAAGACAUUACCUUUGACAAUUUGUUUCUUAAACCUUUCGUGUCUCCUCUGACUUAAUUUUUAUGACCCUAAAUGAAAUGGAAACUAGCUAAAAUAACUCAUCUUACUUGUUAUAAGAGCAGCUUGGAAAUGCUCAGGUAUGGUAUGUCUGCUGAUUAAAAUCUGAGCAUUCAGCUGGUUGGUCUCCUGGUCAAGCCUGAAAAUCUGCCCAUUUUGAUCACCGGCUGAUUUUUUCGGUGCAUCUCUACCUCUUACUAAUCCUUUCAUGUGCUUUUCAGCGCUUUUUGAUUUACCUUGUUCAGCCAGAAAUAGUUGUGUAUUGCUCUAAUGUUCUAAUACUGGGUGGGGACCAGUUUUAAUGUCGGUGUUUAUUGUGUCAACGGUGUCAGAAAGAAGACAUGUGGGUUCUUGCUUGUAGAAGGUAGUGGGGGCAAAAAAAAAAAA